AUGCUGGAAGUGGACAGUUACCGCAGAACGUUCCACCCAACAGGGUACGACCCAAGGGCUUCUAUGCAGGAUAUGGCUGACCUCGGAGGCUUGCACGAACCCUUUCCAUACCACGCCCUCUCAGUCGUCAACAAGCCUGAGAAACACAACUCCUUGAUCCACUGGUCCCCUCCCCAUGCGACUACUGUUUCUCCUCCUCCGAGCAAUGGCGCCAAGUCGGACGAGGAGUUAGACGAAGACGAUGAUGACUGUCGUCCGUUCACACCGCCACCUCCUAGGGAACGCCUCAGCUAUACUCGCUACCAGCUGGAGAUGCUGAACGGUAUCUACAUCCGGGUCCGCUACCCUAACAGUACACAGAAACUGCUGAUCGCCAAAAGGGUUGGAAUUACCAGGGAGCAGGUCAAGAUUUGGUUCCAAAAUAGGCGACGGAAAGACGUCGUAGGCAAAAAGAAAGAUGGGUCUGAGUCUGAUUGUAGUAAGAGCGAUCACAGCGACACCAGAAGUGAUAACGGCGACAGCAGGAGUGAUCAUGGCGAGAGUAAGGGCGAUAACUGUGACAGUGAUUCGGGUGUGAGCGAGGAAAACGGGGCACUUAUGGUACCGGAAGUGGUUAUGAAAAGUGUAAUUGCAGAAUUACACAAGUUCGAAAAGGAACCAAUUAAGUCAAAGAAACUGAAAAAGAAAAUGAAAGCAUCUAAAAAGAAAGCGAAGAAAGCCGUCACAACACAGCAAUUUCAGAGCAUGUUGUUAGGAAGUGGGUACGACAUGCUCUCACCACCAAAUCAAGUGAUUGCACCAGCUCCUCCUAAAGUAUCGGGAGCAACAAAAUUCAACCACUCCAAAGACAUGUCAGCAUUCGAUGCUCCUAAGGAGGGAAUGAGACCAGUUAAUUAUAUGGAAGGUUACGGAAAUCCCCUAGCUAACUCGAUUUUAUCGUCUGUGCCGAUGCGGAAUUUACCAGCAGGACAGUCCAAUAUGAACACUUCACUUGGUUGUGACAUGCCUGUUUUGUCUGAUUUGUUGAACUACACUAAGACGGCAGGUGCGGAUACACCCAGUUCACGUCCACAGGAACCUUUACAACGAGUAAGCGAGCCGUCCAUGAUGCAUCAAACCUCCCCAAACAGUGGUUAUUACCCAAGUGUCAGAAAUGGUCACGUGGAUAAUCUUGGCCAAGCGUCCAUGCCGAUAUCAUCCGCAGUGCUCAGUCGGGUAUAUCCUUUCCCGUUUAUUGCUGAACAUCCCAUGCUUUUUUCAUCGUUACGUCACAACAUGGAGCCUCCAUGCCGUCCCCAGCCUCAGUACCCAGGCGGACACCAUUACACUGAGGAUUACUCUCUGUUCCAGCCAUACAACAUUACUUCACUGGCAAAUCCUUACUACUCACAAACAUCGCCUUACUCACAAGCAUCGCCCUGGUCCCAACACAACUCCAGUGCCGAAAGUAACGGUCCGUUCCAGCAGUUAUGA